AUGUCUAAGAUAAAAAAUGACGAGCAUACUGAUGAUAUACCCUUAACUUCAGAUUCAUCACCAUACCCUUCGCAACCGUUAUCAAAUGUUAAUAAAAAAUGGCAAAAUUUUAAAGAUUCAUUUAAACCAGCAUUACUAUCUCAAGAAGAAAUGAUUGAAUAUUAUGAUGCAGAUAAAGAAUUAACAGAUAUACAAAAAAUUAACAUAAGAACUUCAAAAACGCAAUUGCAUCGAAAGUUGAAAAAUAGACAUUUACAAAUGAUUGCAAUAGCUUCUUCAAUAGGUAGUGGAUUGCUUAUUGGUACAGGUUCAGCAUUAGCUACUGGUGGUCCCGCCGGGAUUAUGAUUGGUUGGUUCAUUUCUGGAAUUUCUGUUUUAUGUACUAUUCAAGCUAUGGCUGAACUAGCAGUAACAUUUCCAAUAAGUGGGUCCUUUAAUGUUUAUGCAAGUAGAUUUAUUGAUCCAAGUAUAGGUUUUGCAGUUGCAUGGAAUUAUUUUUUACAAUAUUUAGUUUUAUUGCCUUUAGAAUUAGUUGCUGCAUCAAUGACUAUACAAUAUUGGAAUACAAGUAUAAAUCCUGAUGUUUGGGUGCUAAUUUUCUACAUUGUUGUGGUUCUGAUCAACGGAUUUGGUGUUAGAUUAUAUGGUGAAGUAGAAUUUGUAUUGAGUUCUUUGAAAGUUUUGGCAAUUGUUGGAUUUAUAAUUGUUUCAAUUGUUUUAGCUGCUGGAGGAGGUCCAACUGGAGUAAGACAUGGAGCUGAAUUUUGGUAUAAUCCAGGACCAUUUGCAAAUGGAUUCAAAGGUGUUGCAAGGUAAGUUAAAGUAAUAGUUUUUAUGAAUUUUACUAACUUUUAGUAUUUUGAUAACAGCUGCUUUUUCAUUUGCAGGUACAGAAUUGGUUGGUUUGACAGCUGCAGAAGCGGAUAAUGUGAGAAAAUCACUUCCCAAAGCUACACGUCAAGUUUUUUGGAGAAUUUUGAUGUUUUAUAUGGUCAGUUUAACAUUAAUUACAUUUUUAGUUCCUUAUAAUAAUAAAAAAUUAUUAGGUUCAUCAGAUGUUUCAGCAUCACCAUUUGUCAUAGCUAUUAAAGAAGGUGGAAUUAAUGGAUUACCUUCAGUUAUGAAUGCUGUUAUAUUAAUUUCUGUCAUUUCAGUUGGUUCAUCAUCUGUUUAUGCAACUAGUCGUACAUUAGUUGCUUUAUCUGACCAAGGUUUAGCUCCAAAGAUUUGUGGAUAUAUAGAUAGAGCAGGUAGACCUUUAGUUGCAAUUAUGAUUACAAAUGUAUUUGGAUUACUAAGUUUUAUUGCUGCAAGUAAUAAACAAGAUGAAAUUUUUAGUUGGUUAUUAUCUAUAUCUGGUUUAUCAUCAGUAUUUACAUGGUUAUCUAUAUGUAUUGCACAUUUAAGGUUUAGAAGGGCAUUAACGUUUAAUGGUAGAACUACUGAUGAAUUAUCAUUUUCAAGUCAAACUGGUAUAAUUGGUUCUUGGUAUUCUAUAAUCAUAAAUUUAUUAGUUUUGAUUGCUGAAUUUUGGUUGGCUAUAUUUCCAUUAGGUAAGGAACCAAAUGCAAAAUCAUUUUUUGAAGAAUAUCUUGGAUUUGUCAUAUUGAUUAAAUUUUAUAUUGGUCAUAAAAUUUGGAGAAAGAAUUGGAUACUAUUUAUUAGAGCAAAAGAUAUAAAUAUAGAUACCGGCAGAAGAGAAACAGAUUUAGAAGCAUUAAAGAAGGAACUAGAAGAGGAGAGGUUUCAAUUACGAAAUAAACCUUGGUAUUAUAGAUUGUAUAAUUUUUGGUGUUAA